UUGAGACCCAACCAUGACCUGGAGCGUCUCGGCGCGGGGCGCGCACCAGCCGGACAACACAGCCUUCACGCAGCAGCGCCUCCCGGCCUGGCAGCCCCUGCUCUCGGCCGGCAUCACGCUGCCGCUCUUCUUCUGCGCCGGCCUGGCUUUCAUCGGCUUGGGCCUGGGCCUCUUCUACUCCUCCAACGGCAUCAAGGAGCUGGAGCACGACUACACCGGCAACCCCGGCACCGGCAACUGCUCGCUGUGCGCCGCCGAAGGCCAGGGCCGCGCGCCGCCGCCCAACUGCUCGUGCGCCUGGUACUUCUCGCUGCCCGAGCUCUUCCCGGGCCCCGUCUACCUCUACUACGAGCUGUCCAACUUCUACCAGAACAACCGGCGCUACGGCGUGUCCCGCGACGACGCGCAGCUCAGCGGCCUGGCCAGCGCGCUGCGCCACCCGGCCAACGAGUGCGCCCCCUACCAGUUCAGCGCCACCGGGCUGCCCAUCGCGCCCUGCGGCGCCAUCGCCAACAGCCUCUUCAACGACUCCUUCUCGCUGUGGUACCAGCGCCAGUCCGGGGGACCCUACGUCGAGGUGCCUCUCGACCGCACCGCCAUCGCCUGGUGGACCGACUACCACGUCAAGUUCCGCAACCCGCCGCUGGUGAACGGCAGCCUGGCGCUGGCCUUCCGCGGCACGGCGCCACCGCCCAACUGGCACCGGCCGGUUUACGAGCUCAGUCCCGAUCCCAACAACACCGGCUUCAUCAACCAGGACUUCGUGGUGUGGAUGCGCACGGCGGCGCUGCCCACGUUCCGCAAGCUCUAUGCGCGCAUCCGUCAGGGCAACUACUCGGCCGGCCUGCCCCGGGGUGCCUACCGUGUCAACAUCACCUACAACUACCCGGUGCGUGCCUUCGGCGGCCACAAGCUCAUCAUCUUUAGCAACAUCUCAUGGAUGGGUGGGAAGAACCCUUUCCUGGGCAUCGCCUACCUGGUUGUCGGCUCCCUCUGCAUCCUCAUGGGCUUUGUCAUGCUGGUCGUCUACAUUCGCUACCAGGACCAGGACGACGAUGACAAUGAUGCUGAGUGAUGCUGCUUCCCAAAGACCCUUUCCUGCUUCUCCGCCAAGCCGCUUUUAGCCGUGGCCCUUCGCUCCUUAACACGACUUCAAGCUCACCGAUCUCCUCUUAUGGAAAGGGCCUGGAGAAAGGAAUCACCCGCUUCCUCUUAGAGAUACGACACUGUUCUCGGGUUUGGGACUGUAAAAUGCCAGAUCUUGCGGGGAUUUCUCCCCAUCUCCUCUCUGGCUUACGGAGUUGACAUGUCAGGU